AUUAAAUAUAAAUGUAAAGCGCUCCUAAAAUAUUAUUAUUAAAUGUAUUAAACAGUUAAAAAGUGAUACACAAUAAGUUUAAAUGUAAACUUAACAUCCUAAGUAGUUGAAGUAAAGUCAAAUUUAUUGAAAAUAAUGGUAGAAAUUAGGAAAAUUUAAAAGUGAAAUUUUUAUCACGGAGAAAAUUUAUGAAAGUUUUUUUUUCGCAAUUUACACAAAAAAAUAAUAUUUAUGAACAAAAGCACCGAUAAUUAUAUCAAUAUGAUUUUAUCUUAGUUUUAUAUGUUAACAAAAAAAAAAAAAAUCGAUCGUUUAAUGCUUAGUACAUCAUAAAAUCUCUAAAUGCAUAUUAAUGAAAUGGAAGAGACUACUGAAGCUCAACCAUUCAGUAUUGAAUUGAUCAUUAGCAGCAUAUCGUUAAUGACACUUGUUUCAAUUUUGGCAUUUUGCAUGUGCUGUAAGCGACGGAAUCAGAAAAGCGAAUUAGCUGGUAUAGAAGGAAUAGUCAAACUUAAGCAUCUCGAUGAUAGUACUAUUAAUGUGAGUAUAGACAUGACCGAUUCCAGUGAUGUACUUAGUCCAAAGAUGAGAUUGGCUCAGAAAAACGCUACCUUGCCAUUCGAUGCAAAGCUCGGGAAUGGUAAUGGCUUUCAAGACAAUGAAUUGAAAAGAUCUUCAGCAAAUGCUCCACAUCGAAGUUUACCUGAUAUACCAAUUGUUGAAAAUGCCGUUUGUGAUAAUAAUUCUGAACUAUAUGCGACUGUAGGUGAUAAGGUUCAGGAAAAGGCUCAAAGCAAAAGUCCAUUGAAUCCUAAGAAGCUAGUUAACAUAUCACAAAAUAGUUCGAUGAGUCAAGCAGACGACAGUUCGCCUUAUGCAAGAGUGAGAUCACCGCAACACGCUUAUGAUAAACUUAAAAAAACAGAACAUCCGUACGCACAGGUCAUUCAGCCCAUGACGACUGGUGGAAUUGCAACAGUUGUACUUGAAAAUGCCGAUGACGACGAUGAUGAUGAUGAUGAUGACGAUGAUGAUGAAACAACGAUUGAAAAUCCAAUUUCCCAUCGAGAAUCGUCAAACAAUGAUCUCUUAAGUACUGCAGAGUCCCAUUUAGAUGCAUCAGCUGCUAUAAGUGGAAGAAUAUCUGCGAGUCAAGAACUUCCAUAUAUGACACCGCCUAUAGUCACAUCUAUGACAAAUGUACACAACCAUCCACAACAUUUUAGUGGUGAUUCACAAGAUUCCUCGAAGGGAUAUACAUCAAUUAGCGUUAGAGAGCCGUUGGCAAAUAUCAUUGCACAAACAAAUCAACAGAAUGCACAGCGACGGCGAAGGGAAAUUCAAGAUUCUCAUAACAAUUUCUAUGCAACCGUAUCUGAUGACUCAGACGAAAUGUAUGCAGCUAUUGAAGAUCCAAACAAUAUUGGAGGUACAGAUCUCUAUACAAGUGGAUCGGAAACAUAUGCACAAAUUCAGGCGCCAAUGACUGUAUCUGUUGAAAUAAACCCACCUCCACCACAACAAACAUCGCAAGCAUCUCAAACAACGGAUACAGCAUCAACAACAUCCCAUAGAUCAAUCGUACGUCCAAAUAGUAGUUAUCAUGAAGAGACAUCGCAAGUAGAUGCUCUUAAAAACAUUCAUUCGAGACAAGCGUCGUCGUCGAGUUGUACAAGCUCUGUGGGCAAUAAUAUCGGAUCACCAAAGCCUGAAAAAAGACAAGCAAAUUCGCCGUUACCACCCACACCACAAAAUAAGAUCAAAGAUACAAAUAAUAAUUCAAACAAGACACGACAAGAUGUUGAGGGAAUGUACGCAAAAGUCAUGAAGAAAAGUAAAUUAUCAAGUGUUCCUUUUGAAGCUACAUCACCAAUUUUGCCUCGACAUGAGGUAGAAGCUCCGGAAAGCGCUGUUAAUGAAAUUAAAAUUUCAUCCGGAAAUGAGUACGAAACUAUCGAUAAGAAACGUCACAGAAACAAUCGAAACAAUGAGAUGCUAAAUUAUUCAGGAUAUGAAACGAUUCCAGCCGAUCGAAAUAAUAAUAAUAAGGAUGAAAAUGUGUCAUCGAUUGCAUUGUCGUCAAAUCCACACUAUGCGCAAAUUCAAGAGAAAACGGAAACAAAUUUUGUAGACGAGAAUAUUCCACAAUAUGAAACAUUAAAGUUAUCAAAUAAGCAUCCGUUUCAAAAACAACAACAACAAAAAGGAAUAGACAGUAUUACGACAGAUUCAGAUUAUGAUCCAAAUUAUGAAAUAGUUGUUAAUAAGAAGCAGCAAAGGAUAUCAAGUAGUUCAAGUACAAGUAGUACAUUAGUUGAUGAUGGAUAUUCACAAAUUGGUAAGAAGCUAAAGCAACAAAAGGAUUUAAGUGAUGAUGAUGAAAGUAUUCCGGGAUAUAGUACGAUAAAGAAGCCCGAAAAUGAUUAUAGUAGUAUUGGCGAAGAACAGCGUAGAUUAAGAGAUAGUUUAAAAAUGUCUGAUAGUGAAAACGAUAGAGAUUCAAAUCUUUAUUCAAGCAUUCCAGCAGUUAUUUCGCCUUCAACCGAUAGUAAUAGUUCAGAUUUGCAUUUAGAUUACGAACAAAUUACCAGCACAAGCAUCACACCAACAACCGUAAAUAAUAAUUUUGAUUUGUUAAGCGAAUCAUCAAUGACUGAGACAUCAGUAAGAUAUGUCAAAGAGAAUCCGUACGAGAGAUUACAUAAUGAGAAAAGUCCAGAUGUAGAGUCCAUCAGUAGCGGAAAAGGGCAGCAACAAAAUUCUAGUUCAGCUGUUGAUGAUUUCUUUAAAGUAUAAAAAUUAUUCACUUCCAUUAAAAUCUUCCAUGCAAAAAUAAUAUUUCUUGAUGAAUUAGAAUGUGCAAUAAAUAAUUACUAUAAACGUUAGAUUUGAAGGAGUGAGAAAUCCAUUGAAGCUAUAUUAGAAAGUUCUAAUUAAGUUAGCAAUAACAUUGUUUCAUUGACGACACAGCAGGAAUGAAAAUUGUUAAAGAUUUUUUUUACGUAAAUCAUUCCAUAUGCACAUACGUGUUUGUGUACGACUUAUUGAUUCGAAUUGAGAAAAUUUUCAUCCCUGC